AUGCCGAAUGUCAUGAACACGCCCAGCGUGACUGAUAUUAAAGAUGACCCGAUUACUAGUUAUGUCAUUAAGAACUACUACAAGAGGGCCAAUAAGGGCGCCGAAAUGACAGAAGAACAGAGUCGCAAUGAUUCUGGACAAGAUGAACCGCAGUUGAACUUUUUCUCCUCGCUGUGCAAUAGCUUUUACAAAUUUAUUAGGGGAGCCGAUAGUACUCAUGAACAAAUAGCUCGUCUCAUAGAGCAGAAACAGAAUGCGAGAUCUUUACAGGAAUGGCUUGCGGCGGCAACGAAGCUAGACGAUAUUACAAAUGCUGAACAAUGGAAAUCAAAGCGGGAGUCUGUAUUGUAUGAUUAUUGCCUUGUCGAAUCCAGCACAGAAGCGAUGAAAAAAGCGCGCUUGGCAAAGGAUUGGCCUAACCUCUUAUAUCUUAUAAGAACCACUUGGGUUCGGAACCGUGGUGGUAUGGGGAAUGUAAACCUUUAUAGGCAUUCGUAUGUUGGAACCAAGCAUAUCAUUGAGGAUUACGUGGCAGAAUCGUCUAGAUCUUUACAAGAACUAGUUUAUAAUUCAGAUUUGGACGACACUUACUUGCUGGGGAUGCUCACACAGACAAGAAAGAAUAUAGGUAGAACCGCAUUAGUGUUGAGUGGUGGUGGCACCUUUGGAUUGUUCCACAUCGGUAUCCUUGUGACGCUUUUCGAGCAAGAAUUACUUCCUCGAGUAAUCAGCGGCAGUAGUGCUGGUGCAAUUGUUGCUUCGAUUCUUGCUUCUAGACAAGAACAUGAACUCAUGGGCUUAAUGGAUGAAAUCCUCGUAAAAGACUUCAAUAUCUUUAAAGAUGACUUAGAAAUGAGCGAAAGUGAAAACCUUCUUAUAAAGAUCUCCCGGUUCUUCAAGAAUGGUACUUGGUUUGACAACAAAAAUCUUGUUAGUACAAUGAUCAAUUUCUUGGGGAACCUUACCUUCAGGGAAGCAUAUAACAGGAGCGGGAAGAUUUUGAAUAUUACAGUCUCGCCUGCAUCCGUUCAUGAACAACCGCGGCUUUUGAACAAUCUAACAUCUCCGAAUGUCUUGAUUUGGUCCGCGGUUUGUGCCUCUUGUUCUCUGCCUGGCAUUUUUCCAUCUUCUCCCUUGUACGAAAAGGAUCCAAAGACCGGAGAAACAAAACAGUGGAAUUCAAGUUCGGUCAAGUUUGUCGAUGGAUCAGUCGACAAUGAUUUACCGGUUUCCAAACUUUCUGAGAUGUUCAACGUUGACCAUAUUAUUGCAUGUCAGGUCAACAUACACGUCUUCCCCUUUUUGAAGUUAUCUGUAUCCUGCGUAGGAGGAGAAAUAGAAGAUGAGUUCAGUGCAAGAUUCAAGAUGGCAUUAGGGAAAGUUUACAAAUACAUGGCCAGCGAAGUGAUACAUGCAUUAGAGAUUGCUACCGAAAUUGGUAUCGGAACCAAUGUCCUGACAAAGCUAAGAUCAGUGUUGUCACAACAAUAUAGCGGUGAUAUCACUAUACUUCCUGAAAUGAAUACACUACUACGAUUCAACGAACUACUAUCUAAUCCCACCCAAGAAUUUCUACUAAGGGAAGCUACUAAUGGUGUUCGUGCUAGUUGGCCAAAAAUAUCAAUCAUAAAAAAUCACUGUGGUCAAGAAUUUGAACUAGAUAAGAUGAUUAAUUAUCUAAAGGGGAAGAUCAUAUCUAAUACAGAUAUCAAAGGAAAUCCCUUCCAAAUUUCAAAUCGGGACGUUCCUUUGAUUAACAGUCCAGUUCUUGCUAAUAGCGAAAAGAAGGCAAUACAAGUAUUUGAUGAUGUGCUAUUAAAUGCUGAUAAUUUGGAUAACUUUAUGGUAGUACCCGACGGAACAGGUUCCUUAAAAUCACAAGAUUUAAACAAUCCUCCGAGAUAUUCAAAUGAGUUUGGAAGCAGGGCGCACAACCGUCGCAAAUCAGACUCUGCAACCAACGGAAAUCGAAAGGGUAAGCGUCAUAACUCUAUAUCGCUACCAUAUUCGUCUUCAUCUUCGCCAUUAUCAGAGAAGAAGUAUUCUAUGAUAAAUUUCCGUCCUUCGUUUGACAAAAAGACGAGCACAGGCGAUCUACAGGUAAGGAAACCGUACCCAUAUCCUCCAAAGAGCAGCAGUUUCUCUAGAAUCGAUUACGAUCCGAGAUCCAAUUCUCUGACUCCGAUACUUGAUCAUGCUGUGGGAACCCGCAGGGAUGACUCAAUUUUACACUCUGAUGUGAAAUCUAAUCCCAACUCUCCCUUGAGGUUAAGAACGAAAAGCUCCGUUUCAAGAAGAGCAUCUCGAAAGAAUCCCGAUACUGCGUAA